AAAACAGCAGCGGCAAUGCUGGCUCCUCCCGCCUCCAUCCGUGCCCUCGCCUUCCACCGCCGUCUCCCUCUCCUCCGCCCCAACCAUCCCACCCUCCUUCCCCACUCGCCAGGCCCGCCCCCGCCUCCGCCCCCGCGGCCCUGCCCCGCCCCCACGCGCUCUCUCAUGGCCUUCUCCGCCGAGACAGCCGGAGAAGAGGCGGAGGAGGAAGCUCUCCCCGGGGCCGCCGGCGCCGGAGGCGGCGGCGAGGUGAGCUCGGAGGAGUGGCAGCGAUGGGGCACCUCCUCGCCCCUCCCGACCGUGGUGGCCUCCGUCGUCCACCAGCUGCUCGAGAUGGAGUCCUCGGCCGGCGAGAAGAUGCGCUUUGGCGGCGUCGGCUCCAAGCUCAAGGGCGAUUUCAAGGACGUGGAGGACAAGAAGCACAGGGCCGUCUACGAGACGCUCGCCGACUCCGACCAGAAGCUGCAGUACUACUCCGCCCGGCAGAUUGGUUGCCGUCUGCUCGGGAGCAGGGGGUACCUGUGCCAGAAGUGCUGGCUGCCAAUGGAAGAUUGUAUGUGCUCAAAACUUGCGCCUUGCAAUUUGUGGAGGGGAAUAAGAUUCUGGCUAUACAUGCAUCCGAAGGACUUCUUGCGGCAAAACAACACUGGAAAGUUACUCUGGCAAGUCUUUGGCAUCCAAGCUGCGUCGUUGUGCCUCUUUGGCAUCCAAGAGCAUGAAGAUAUUAUGUGGGAUGCAUUCCAGCGUUCAGGAAAGGAGAAGGUCUCAUUUUUGUACCCAAACAAGAGUGCAACCCCCAAGUCUGUCAAUGAUCUUAAAUUUGAUGAUUUUACGAUGAAUGCUGGCCUUCAGGACGGGGGAGUGCAACAUGAACCUCUUAACUUAGUUUUGCUUGAUGGUACCUGGAGUAAUUCUGCUGCAUUAUACAGAAGGCUGAAGGAGAGAUGGACUGCAAUAUGGGGGGAGGAAGAUAUACCUUGUAUCUCACUUUCUAUGCUGAGCGCCUCGGUGAUGCAUAAACUGCGACCUCAGCCGGCAUGGGAUCGCACCUGCACUGCGGCAGCUGCAGCUGGUCUCCUCUCAGAACUGCACAUGCGGCCUGAGCUCAGCGCGUUUAAACUGGAAGAGCAAGCUGAGGCAGUAGAGUGCUCGCUGGAUGUCUUGCUAGAUGCUCUCACCGUGCGACGGGUUCGCCUGGGCCGAUCAAUUACUCGAAAACAGAGACAUAGAAGAGACUGCAUAUAGUGAAAGAUGCCAGCAGGGUCGGCAGAGAUCAUGAUGUUUCCUUGUAAGGCUUAUUUGAUCUUUUUGCAGAAUCAGUUGCUCAAAUAAUCCGUUAGGUCACUAAUUCAUCACUAUGGUGGUGUUCAUUUUGGUAGUGGUUUUGUGUUGAUGUUACUGCUUACCGUACCUUUAAGAGCAGAAUUUUGGUAACAAACUGGUUUUGGAAACUAAACGUGCAAGUUACACGGUGUAAGGCUUUGUAGCUGUGAUAUUAGAAACAGACUGAAAUGAAAUAGAAAAAAAAAUCUGGAGAUAUAUCUGAUUCAUGUUAA